AUGGCACAAACGCCACCUUUCCUCGCCUUGCCAGGGGAAAUCAGAAACCAAAUUGUAUCCUAUGCCUUCCAUCGCGCGCCGGGCAGUAUACCAGCCUCGAGCCUCUCCAAAAGUGCCGUGGCACUCGCAUGGACCUGUCGCCAGCUAUACGCCGAGUACGCCUCUCUCGCGCGCUCACACAGCGCCAUUUACCCACUCAAAUGGUUGAGCGCCCAGCACCUAGCAGAAAAAACACAAACCCUGCUCACGACUACUUGCGCAGCGCAAAUCACCAAGCUGCAAAUUCUCCUACCAGCAUGCCUCGGAGAACUGUAUGUCUGCGAUUUGUCGGCAACAUCGCGUCGACGCGUAAAAGGGUUCCACUUUGCUGCCGCGGGACUACCAAACCUAGAAGAGCUGUAUUUCCGGUUUCAGAGCCCAGAUUCUCCUGGGAACGGCGAUGGUAGGGGUAGCGGUGGCGCGGGCAGAGAACUUGUAGUACACAUGCUGUGGCGUUUGUUGUGGGAAAAAGACUUGUCGCGUCUCAACAAAAUCUGUAUCGUGCACGAUGGAGCGCAGCCUUUUCUUUCACUGACGCUACUGCAUGGCAUGCUGGUCACCUUCAAGCCGUUAUAUGUGUCGCGCAGAUGGCAUGUCAAGUCGGAUUUUGAACAUGGACGGUUGGUGUUUGUAGAGAAGUCGGGGAGUAAGACAAAGAGGAGGAUCGCGGUGCUUGUGGGAUAUAGCUUUCGUGAAGCGGAGGAGUAUGUAAGCGUGUGUGAAGAUAUUAUAGAGGACAAGCAUGCUGACAUUGUCAUUGCCCGGCGGAGAGACUGCAAAUACGUGGCUCCUUUAGAAGAGGUGACAGAUGCCCAGUUGAGACAGGAAGUUGAUAAUCUGCACACUUUAUUUCCAGUAUCUGCGACUGAAGAACCUUUGUUGCAGCCACAUCUUGAAAGAAUACGUGCUAGGUGCCAUCUGAGUAGAUAG